AUUCUCUCUCUUUGCUUUCUUUUUUUUUUCCCUUCUAUUCUCCAGAGAAGGAGAGAGAGAGGGGAAGUGGGACACCGGCGGAUCUAGGGAUUGGGGUUUGGGAGUUGUGGGAAGCCCUAGAUCGAGCUCCAGAAAUCCUUGAGCUAGCUCUGGAUCUCGAGCUCCUUCUUUGGUUCCUCCUCUGCGGAAGGUUUAUGGAAAGAAGAGAAAGGGACACACUACUGUUCUGUUCUUAGCUUGUGUGUUGUUUCCAUUCUACUAAUCAUAAAGGUGUACUAUGCAAUGCAAAGGUUGGAAGGCAUUAUCUGGGGGAUCUCUUAGUUUAUGAGUGGAGAAGAGGAAACAGCCUCAAAUUCAAACAAUUUGGCUGCUUUAAUUCUUUGCAAUUUCUGGAUUUCUUGAUUGAAGGUAGUUGCUUUGUUUGUGCCUUUUGGCAUCACAUUGUACUACUGCUGGGAGUCUAGGUAAUGCUAAAGGUUUGUGGAAGAUGGAUAUGGUUCCCGAGUCCAAGUUGCGGGUGGAGAGGCUCCCUGUUGUUGAUCCAGUGUCGGAUUUGCGAGGGAGCACUUUGAAAAUGAAAGGAGAAUUUCUCAGUGGUCAGAAAACACAGAAUUUCGGAUGCAAUUUUACUAGUGAAUUCAUGGAAAGGAAAGAGCUCUUCCCAAGAAACAAAGGAAGUGUCACCAGAGCCAGGUAGCUUCAGGAGCACUGACUCUUUUGAAGAUGUUGGAUGCAGUUCGUUCAAUGGUGCCAGUCAUCCUCCGGAACCUGUGGACACUGAUCUGAUGAGCACGGUCUAUGUCACAUUAGAUGAAAAGAAACCUGAAGCAGGGUGUUUGGUGAAGGGAAUUUCUGUUAAAGGCCCUUUCAUUGAUGAUCUCUCAAUUGGGGUUCCGGCUGUGAAACCAAGCGUAGUCAUCUCACCGAUGGAAACAUCAGUUGACGAGCCUAAUCCUCCGGGUGUGAUUUCUUCUCCCUUCUCUGUUCCGCGGUCAUCACAGAACAUGGAUGGUUCAUUUCCACCACAUGAUACUGAAGAGAAAGAGUGUGUAUGGGAUGCUUCCCUGCCACCAAGCGGCAAUGUGAGUCCUCAUAGUAGCAUUGAUAGCAUCGGUGUGGCGACUGCCAUGAGUAUAGUGAAUAGCUGCACAAGCACUUACCGGAGUGAUUGCAUGACAAGUGAUGGUAUGCUUAGUGUGGAAAGGAACUGCGAGAGUGCCAAGGGUAGUGUCCGGGGGGAUUCACUAGAAAGUGCAAAGACCAGCAUGAGCAGAGCAAGUGACAGUAGUGGCCUCAGCGAUGAUAGUAAUUGGAGUAAUAUUACUGGCAGCGCUAACAAGCCACACAAGGGAAAUGAUCCGAGAUGGAAGGCCAUUCUCGCUGUCCGAGCUAGGGAUGGUUUACUGGGGAUGAGCCAUUUUCGGUUGCUCAAACGGCUAGGAUGCGGUGACAUUGGCAGUGUGUAUCUCUCAGAGUUGACUGGCACUAGAUGCUAUUUUGCUAUGAAAGUGAUGGACAAAGCAUCAUUGGCUAGCAGGAAGAAGCUCAUGAGAGCGCAGACUGAAAGGGAAAUUCUCCAGCUCCUUGAUCAUCCGUUUCUGCCGACUUUGUAUACACACUUUGAGACUGAUAGGUUCUCUUGUUUGGUCAUGGAAUUCUGUCCUGGUGGCGAUUUGCACACUUUGAGGCAGAGGCAGCCAGGGAAGCACUUCUCCGAGUAUGCAGCAAGGUUCUACGCAGCUGAAGUACUGCUAGCUCUUGAGUAUCUGCACAUGCUUGGAGUUGUCUAUAGAGACCUGAAACCAGAGAAUGUGCUAGUCCGUGAUGAUGGUCAUAUAAUGCUCUCAGAUUUUGAUCUAUCACUAAGAUGUGCAGUUUCUCCAACACUCAUAAAGACUUCCUCCAACUCCGACCCAUCCAAACGCAGCAGUGGCAGUGCAUUCUGCGUCCAACCUGCCUGCAUUGAGCCCUCAUCAGUCUGCAUCCAGCCUGCCUGUUUCAUGCCCAAACUCUUCAACCAGAAAAACAAGAAGAAACCCAGAAAACCGCGAACAGAGCCCGGAGGACAGCAAUCCACCACCCUACCGGAGCUCGUGGCCGAGCCUACAACUGCUCGGUCAAUGUCAUUCGUAGGUACACACGAGUACUUAGCCCCUGAAAUCAUCAAAGGAGAAGGUCAUGGCAGUGCUGUUGAUUGGUGGACAUUUGGUAUUUUCCUGCAUGAGCUCUUAUAUGGAAAGACACCAUUCAAAGGUUCAGGCAACCGUGCAACUUUGUUCAAUGUAGUUGGGCAGCAGCUCAGGUUCCCGGAAUCUCCAUCAACGAGUUAUGCAAGCAGAGACUUGAUCAGAGGUCUCUUAGUUAAAGAACCACAGCAUCGUUUAGGUGUAAAAAGAGGAGCCACAGAGAUCAAACAACACCCAUUCUUUGAAGGCGUUAACUGGGCUCUCAUUCGCUGUAGCACUCCGCCGGAGAUACCGAGACCUGUAGAGACUGAACUACCGAGCAAGUUCGGUGCAGCUGAAGCCGUUGUUGGAGUAGGUAGCAGUAGCAAGAAGAUGGUUGGUGCUACUGACAUGAAAUCUGGUGGGAAGUACCUGGACUUUGAGUUCUUUUAAAAGUUUUGAGUUUGUGUUUA